AUGGUUGAGGGAGAUGCUAUAGUCCGCCGUGACGACCAAUGGUGGUCAAACACAACAGAAGCACUUCACAUCUGGGUCCGACUGUUGUUCUCAGAGGCCUCGUUCUAUUGA